CACGCUCUCUCUCUCUCCUGUCAGAGCAUUUAUUGCGGACGUUUUUCUCUUUCCUUCGUUUGAGAAAGAAAACGCCGUUCGGACGCACGUCCCUCUCCAUUUCUUUCCUUUCGAAUUUUUGAAUCUGAAAUUCUCUCUCCGCGCUCGUUCCCCUGCCGUCGCCGACGAACCACAUUACGGCCGCUGCUACUCCGGUGCUCGCUCGCUUCUCUCUUCGGGCUCGUUGCUGCUCCGUCGUUCGUUCCGCCAUUCCCGGGGUUGCAGAUGCAGCACGCGGAGGAGAAGCAGGCCUCUUCGAGCUCCCCUCAACGUCGGCGAGCGUCGCCCGCCGAGCGAGACCCCCACACACCGGAAGGCUCGGAGGCGAGGGUGCUGGAGAAGCUGGUGCCGUACGCGAAACGCGACGCCGACGGCCCUCCGCCUCCGCCGGUUGCCUCCGGGUUGAAUGGGACGGUGAGUGUGGACGAGUCCGUCGGUAAUGAUUUGUCUGCGAAGAAUCCUAAACUGUGUGCUGGUUUGUAUGAGCACAAAGGUUAUAAGAGCAAGUGCGAGUAUCUGAUCGCCAAUCCUGAGUGUAACGCCGGUGGGUUCUUCCAUUACAUUUCGUUCUUCUACUGUGAUUGCGAGAAAUUCACGGGUGUGGGGUAUGCCGUGCUGGCACUGUGGCUGGUUGCUCUGUUUUACUUGUUGGGCAACACUGCAGCAGAUUACUUCUGUAGUAGUUUGGAGAAGCUUUCUAGUCUUCUGAAGUUGCCGCCCACGGUUGCAGGGGUUUCUCUGCUUCCGCUUGGUAAUGGGGCUCCUGAUGUGUUUGCCAGCAUUGCCGCAUUUAUGGGGAAAGAUGCAGGGGCAGUGGGUCUCAAUAGCGUAUUGGGUGGUGCUGUUUUUGUUACUUGUGUUGUCGUCGGGGCUGUUUCUUUCUCUGGGGCAGAGCAGAGGGUCCAGAUUGAUAGGAGGUGUUUUAUCAGAGAUGUAUCCUUCUUCCUCUUCACUUUGAUUUGCCUUGGUAUUAUUUUGAUUGUUGGCGAGGUCAGUGUUGGUGCUAUUGCAUUUGUUUCCAUAUAUGGGCUCUAUGCCUUUGCAGUUGCCGCCAAUGAGAUGCUGAGGAAACAAUCCAGGAAAUUAAGGCUAGAUUCUGUUACGCCUUUACUUCCUGUCAGAGGAAGUAUCUUUUCUCAAGGAAGUGAGGAAGACGAAUCUAUUUAUGCCUCACUGAUUGAGUCAAACUCUGAUGGUGAUGUACCUCAUCUGCAAAGCGAGUUGCCGCACUGGAUGUGGGCUUCAAAUGUUGCAAUUUAUUCAAAUGAGGCUGUCAAAGUGAAUCCGGAUAGCCCAAAGCAGUUGUGGGGUUGGAAUGAUGAUGAAAUGGCCAAUGGAAAUUCUUCCUUCACAUGGUCGAAAUUAUUCUCUACUGGAGAUCCGCUGACACUACCAAGGCGGCUGACAAUCCCUAUAGUCGAGGAAGAAAGAUGGUCAAAGACAUAUGCUGUCGCCAGUGCUUCAUUAGCACCUAUUUUUUUGGCAUUUUUAUGGAACACGCAAGACGAUGUUUGAAAUCUGAGCAGAGAAAUCGCAUAUGCUAUUGGCAUAUGUGCUGGGGGCGUACUUGGUGUUUUUGCAUAUGUGUACACCAGAGCUGAUCAACCACCACGCAAGUUCUUAUUUCCUUGGGUCUUUGGAGGAUUCUUCAUGAGUAUAAUCUGGUUCUACAUAGUCGCAAACGAGCUUGUUUCUUUGCUGGUAGCGCUGGGUGUUAUUUUUGGCAUAAAUCCUUCUAUCCUUGGUUUGACAGUUUUGGCCUGGGGAAACUCUAUGGGUGAUCUGAUGUCAAAUGUAGCAUCGGCAAUGAAUGGUGGAGAUGGUGUGCAGAUUGCAAUGUCGGGUUGUUAUGCUGGGCCUAUGUUUAACACACUUGCUGGUCUGGGAGUUUCACUGUUUCUUGGAGCCUGGUCUAGUAGACCUGCAUCAUUUGUAGUCCCCCAGGAUAGCAGUCUAUUUUACACGAUGGGGUUUCUGAUGAGCGGAAUUCUUUGGUCACUCAUCGUCUUGCCCCGACAUGACAUGCGACCGAACAAGAUGUUGGGGAUCGGCCUUAUGUCAAUUUAUCUGGUCUUUCUGGUUUCAAGGUUAAUCACAUCUAUGGGUGUGGUCUCAUUGAAUGGUCUUAGUUGACGGUCAAGUCAUGAGGCAUGGAACUCUGGUCAGGGUAAUGUGUUUUAAAAUAUGGAUGCCCCCUUCUCGCCACAGAGACUGCUUUGUGCCUGUUGCCUGGAUCAUGUAGCUCAUUUUAGUGUUGCACAUUGAAAAAGUUACAUAAGAAUAGUUGAGCUGUAAGCUGGGCCUUAAGAAUGUAUCCAUUCGAUGUACAGUAUUGAAUUAUCUUUGUGAGAGUCCAUCAUCUCCAAAUGCUGCUGCUUUUUUCA